AUGGAAUCCCAAGAGAUCUAUAACCAAGUCAUCGGGCGAUACGGCUCAAUCGUCAAGAGUAGCACCGGCCACUAUGAGCAGACCGAGGCCAAGGCCUUUGGGUACACAGAACAAGAGCUGGCCGGCAUCCCCGAGGGCGCGAACCUUGGCCUCAGCUGCGGCAACCCCACAGCAAUUGCGAGGCUGAGAGUGAGUAUGAUUGAUAAGGCGAAUGUCAACAAAUAUUGCGUCGACGUCUCAAACGUCGAGUUCAUCAAGAGUCCCGUCACAUCCAUCCCAGCACCUGGCAACACUGCCGACUGCAUCAUCAGCAACUGCGUCAUCAACGUUGUCCCCGCUGGAGAUAAGCAGCUGGCGUUUAAUAAAAUGUUCCGACUACUCAAGCCUGGCGGCCGAGUUGCCAUCAGUGAUAUCCUCGCGCGCAAGGAGUUGACGGAUGAGAUGAAGAAGGACAUGGCUCUAUACGUCGGGUGCAUUGCGGGGGCCAGUCAGGUCAGUGAGUACGACUCAUUUCUAAGGAAUGCAGGUUUCGAAGACAUUCUCAUCGUGGACAGCAACCAUGACUUGAACGUGUACUGGAGCGCAGCCGACGGCGAGCCUCCAUAUCCGAAACACGGUUCCUAUACUGAGCAGGAGUCAUGCCCCCAGGACCAGCCGAGUUUAAUGGCCGACGAAGCCAGCAGACUGGCCUACCAGCUCGACAUCACCGACUUUAACGAAUGGGCAGGCUCCUUCCAGGUGUAUGCAGUCAAGCCGGUGGCGAGCUGA